AAUGGCAGUACAAAACAGGCAAUACAAGUUUUUUUUAAGUGUGAGUCAUCGCAACAACGAGAGGUCCUUGAGCAAGCAGUCAUAACUGGGCAUAAAAAUAUUAUGCAGUUUGCUGCAGUAGAAUGCGAAAUUAGCCAUGGACAGACAUAGAGGUCACUCACUCACAAAGGCACGCAUGCAUACAACUGGUCGCCGCAUGAUGCUCCUGGCGGAGAUGAAAACUGAAUAAAAUUCUUAAUGAAUUGAAGUAAAUGGGGGUCACGUUCAACGGCAAAACUAUAUCAAAGCAUCCGUUGACUAACUCCCUCACAACUCACAAAGGUAUAAUCCAAGUCUCGUUUAUCCAGUCAUGUGCUCAGUACUUGCAGAAGUGUUAAAUAGUAAGGUUUUAGUGAAGACGCAUGUGUUUGUGUUAGCUGUACAGGGCUGUGUCUUAGUGAUACUUGAUAUUCGGUGCACAGUGACACAUCAGCUCCUCAAAAACCAGGGACAGAAAACAGAUAUGUUAAGACACCGUGCUUCAUCCUGUCUUAGUCAGCAGGCUGACAGUUGAACUGGCUGAACCACAGUGUGAGGACAUCAUGUGUCCCGAAGGGGUCAGCCGCAGUUCUCACUUCUCUUCUGCUCAUUGUUUCGCUCGUUUGUGGUCAUUUACUGCAACGGACUUCGAAAAUGCAUGUGUGCAAGAGACACUGGUACAAAAUGUCCCUUUUGUUGUUUUGUAUUUAUCGUCAGUAAACAAUUAGAGUAGUGUGAACUAAAAUUAAGCAGUUGCAGACACCAAAAAAACCCCACAGCAGGAAGCUUUUUGUAAAAAUUAGUUUCUUCAGUCGUCUGAGAGGAACUGCUGCAGGAAAACAGUGUGGCACUAAACGCCGUGGUGUACUCCUCCAGAUCGUAUCGCUCCACAGAAACAAACAGCGGGACCUCUGGUCUGGUGACACGCUACUCAUUUACUUAUAUGGAUGACUUGUAAUAACUGAAGGCAGUCAUACAGGCUCUCCGGCCGAGAUACUGAUUACCAGCACUGCUUUAUUGCUGACUUUAUUCCUGCUUAUUCACAGGUUUGUCUAUGUGGUAGAUUCCAUUGUGUGAGUGUGUGUGUGUGUGUGUGUGUGUGUGUGUGUGUGUGUGUGUGUGUGUGUGUGUGUGUGUGUGACCCUGGCCUUGAAAGAGAACCAGCUUAUCAGAGAUAACCAACAAAGUCUAAUAAGCGCUCUCUAAUGUGAAUACUUAUGAUUUAUUCAGAGUUAAAUAAAUGUGUCUCAGCUUGAAUCAAAUGUCAGCGGCAGGGUUGUAGCGUUAAAGUUUGAUUUAUGGUCUGCCGUCAUGAACAAAACUCAUUCAUAAGCAAUGAUGUAUGUUAUUAUCCAUAAUACACACCAUCUCUUUUCACUUUGCAUUCAUUUAAAGCACAAAUCUGGUAAUAUCUAACUGAAAAUAGUCCCGAACAAAUGCAGAUUUCACACCUGUUUGAGUUUGCUAGAAACUACAAUGCCUAGCUAUUUUUAGGAAUUUUACUGAAAAAAUGUUCUUGUGACCCAAAGAUUGAUCUGUCUUCAUAAGAAUGGGCUUUGGUCUGAGAGCCACGGGCAGCGUAUAGGGAAGUCAGAAAGUGCUGGAUUUGUUUUUUGUCUUUUGACGAAAAAAAAAUAGAUCAGACCCAGUGCGUGUGGUGUGAAGUUUCGUGGCGCGUUUGUGUGCCUGACAAAUGAUUUAGUGAACUCGUACAAUGAAAGAGGUGGCGAGAGACUGUGAAUAGUUUUUUUCCACUUCGCGGGUUCACCUGUGGGGUUCAACGGUUGAACCUGAUGGACUGUGCGGUCACCGGAACGCCUCUGAUGCGUGUCUGAGUCCUGAUUGGCUCUCACUAAAUGACUGACAGUUAAUCUUUGAUUCAGAUUGACAACCACCGCCCCCCCCUCGGUUUCGAGGAAGGCCUGAUGUUACUGAUCUGUGAUCCUGCUCCCAGACACCCUGCGCCUUUUCUAUCUUUUGCACUCAUGCAAAAUGAUUGCGCAAAAUGCUAUGAAAACACACACAUACACCUUCACAUACAUACCGACACAUCUUUUUGAGAUAAUUUGUAUUCAGUUCUUCCAGGGUCAAGGUAAUUGAUUUCACAGUUUGAUUGAUUAAAGGUGCUACAGUCCAUAGUGUACCGCUCUUAUUAUUUGUGCUUUAAUCUCUUGGUUUUUCAUCAUUCUCUGGUCUUUAUACUAAAUAGACUUUCUUCUUGCCUGUUUACUCAGUCGUUAAGGAGUGGGGCCGGUUUCAAUGGCAGCUGAAACUCACUGUUGACCACACACUGUGUCUUUCAUCUCUCUCUCCCCCUCUCACCCCAUCUGCUCUCUGUGUCCCUCACUCCCUCUUCUUUUCUCGCUCUCCUCAGAGCGCCGAGGGGAGAGUUUUUUUAGACAGAAACUCUCGGAGCGGGUGACGCUGUCGCUCCUCUCUCUGGCUGUUUUUCUCUCUCUCUCUGUCGUCUGUCUAUCUGCUCUCUUGACUGCCCAGGAAGGUGUGUGUUGUUUGCUUAAGUUAAGCUGUGCUAGGAACGCGUUUGCCGUUGUUAUGUACAUGCCCGAAUACACACACACACACACAUACACACACUUACACACAGUUGUAGUCUUGUGCUGACACGACAAAUCUCUCUGGUGGUAACUCCCAGUCAGAAUUUCCAAAUGUCCGCUCAGAGCAAGACAACAACAUGAGGAAGUAGUCAAACCCCGGAUUCAACGUUUCCUGCCGUUUUGUCCAAUUUCUGCAACUCUAAGCAGAAAACCCCUAAAACCCACGAAAACUACUUUUCCCAUCAGACCCCUCUCCUCCCUCUAACAUCACCCAAUGUGUCUUCAUUGCUAACAGGGUGAAGAUUUGCAGGGUUGUGCAACAGCUGUUUCUUUUUCAGUGGUGGAAGAAGUAUUCCGAUCCAUUAAGUGCCAACACAUUAAUGUAUGAGUGUCAUCGACAAAAUGUAAUUAACAUAUCAAAAGUAAUCCCCUGUGACAGAUGUUAUUAUAUACAGCUUUAUUAGAUUGCUAAUCAUGAUGCAUCAGUGCGUACAUAAGAUUUUCCUGUUGUAGCUGGUUGAGGUGGAGCUAGUUUUCACUAUUUUGUAAGGUAUUUUGCUGGCGGUCAGAUUCCUCUAAAGGGCCACAAGAUAAAUGUGAGGGGUCAUGAGAUGAUUAUGGGAAGACACAAAAACAAAUCUGUAUUAAUUUUCUCUCUUUUCUGUAGUCGUUCUUCUGCAAACAAACAAUUUGAGGAUUUUACCCUUUUUUUGGGGCUAAAAAAAAUGCUGAAAUGAAAUCAUAUCAGAAGGGAAAUCUUUCUUUUGAGAAGAAUCAUAUAAAAAUGUCAAAUCUGAAAAGAAACUAUCAACUACAGCUGUCAGAUAAAUGUACUGGACUAACAGAAAUAAAAUAUUUUCUACAAUAUCAAGUAUGAAGUAGCGUAACAUAGAAAUACUCAAGUAAGGUACAGGUACCUCAAAGUAGCACUUAAUUAUAGUCCUUGAGUAAAUGUAAUUCGUUACUUCCUACCUUUAUCCAUAUGUACAUUUCAGAAAUACAAAACCUUCUGCUACAGUUCUUCAGAAGUAGGGCUGGGAUCCGCCCACAUAGCACAUACACACUCUAACAAAGUAUUGCUUUAGCUCCACCCUCACCAGCUCUCAUGCCUGCAGCUUUGGCUCAGUGUGUGUGUGUGUGUGUGUGUGUGUAGAGGAGGCUGGCCUCCGUGCUCAGUGCCCUGCUGUACCUGUCUCUCAUGGAGGUGGACUAACACUCCCAGAGCAGGCGGGCCAAGCAGCGGAGCACUGUGCAGCAACAGAGGGGCCCAGAUCUGAUUGGAUGGUUUUGUCAGAAUGACAGCCGAAGAUCCUGCUUCCUCAUCGACCAUGAGCAAUAACGCUGCCCCCACCAAACCCUCUCAACCUGCUGCUGCCUCCCACCAGUCUCUUCAUGGACAGAUCGACAUCCCAGAAGGAGUUGUAGGUGCUCCCAAUGAGCCUGCACUGGUAUCCCUGAUGGAGCGCACUGGCUACAGCAUGAUCCAGGAAAAUGGUCAGCGUAAAUAUGGCCCUCCUCCUGGUUGGAAUGAUGCAUCUCCACCAAGGGGAUGUGAAAUCUUUGUGGGCAAGAUCCCACGGGACGUUUAUGAGGAUGAGCUGGUGCCAGUGUUUGAGUCCGUGGGAUGCAUCUAUGAGAUGCGGCUGAUGAUGGACUUUGACGGGAAGAACAGAGGGUACGCAUUUGUGAUGUACACAAAGAAACAUGAGGCCAAGCGGGCAGUACGCGAGCUCAACAACUAUGAGGUGCGGCCUGGGCGACUGCUGGGGGUCUGCUCCUCCGUGGACAACUGCCGUCUUUUCAUUGGUGGUAUCCCCAAGACCAAAAAGCGGGAGGAGAUCCUCGAGGAGGUUUCAAAGGUGACAGAAGGGGUACUAGAUGUGAUAGUUUAUGCCAGUGCUGCAGACAAGAUGAAGAACAGAGGCUUUGCCUUUGUAGAGUAUGAAUCGCACCGUGCAGCCGCCAUGGCUCGCAGGAAGUUGAUGCCUGGACGUAUUCAGCUUUGGGGCCACCAGAUCGCAGUGGACUGGGCCGAGCCGGAGAUUGAUGUGGAUGAAGACGUUAUGGAGACAGUGAAGAUCCUCUAUGUCAGGAAUCUUAUGAUGGAGACCAGCGAGGAGACAAUCAGACAGGUGUUCAGCCAGUGGAAUCCUGGAUGUGUUGAACGUGUGAAGAAAAUCCGUGACUAUGCCUUUGUCCACUUUACCUCCCGGGACGAUGCUGUCACAGCCAUGGACCACCUCAAUGGCACAGAGGUGGAAGGGUCCUGCAUCGAGGUGACGCUCGCCAAACCAGUUGAUAAAGAGCAGUAUUCGCGCCAAAAGGCCUCCAAAGGAGCUCCUGCCACUCCAGAGCCUGCUCAACAGAACUACGUUUACCAGUGUGAUCCCUACACAUUGGCCUACUAUGGUUAUCCCUACAACACCCUCAUUGGACCCAACAGGGACUACUUCGUCAAAGGAUCCCCAAUGAUACAGAACAAUGCAGGUACUGUGCGAGGUCGUGGUCGUGCUGCUGCAGGUAACCGUACCCCUGGACCACGGGGGUCGUACCUGGGGGGUUACUCUGCUGGUCGUGGCAUCUACAGCCGCUACCAUGAGGGCAAGGCCAAGCAGCCCGAAAAGCCCUAUGAGCUGAUGCCCGGUCUGGAGCUUGCUGCCUCCGUCAACACCGUUGGCAUCAAACCUGGCACAAUGGGGUUGCCGACUCUGGGUGGGCAGUACCCGAUGUUCAGCACGGCUCCUACAGCCAAGAUGAUGGAGGAGGGGAAGGUGCACACGGUGGAGCACCUCCUCAACCCUCUGGCCAUGCAACACCCUGAACACACCACCGCUACUGCUGCUGGCACCGUCCUACCGUCGGUCUCUACCCCUCCACCUUUUCAGUCCUCUUUUUUCUGCAUUCCCCAGGGCCGUCCCAUCACUCCGGUCUAUGCCAUGGCCCACAACGUACAGCGUAUCCCAGGGGCCGGUGGCCUUUACGGAGCUGGAUAUGUCCCCAUCUCAAACUACACUGCCAACACAGCGGCUCUGGCCGCUCUGCAGAAGAAUGCGGCGGUGGCUGCUGCGGCUGCGGCGUACGGCGGGUACGCGGGCUACGCGAUGCCACAGGCCUUCCCCGCCACGGCCUUCCAGCUGCCCAUCCACGAUGUCUACCAUACGUAUUGAUUCUGAGGGUCAGACCUUGUGAAACAACGACAAAGUUACCCUCUGACUGAACCGCCACCACCACCAUGUCUGUCCCAUCGUACAGAAAUGUCACUUGAACAUCCAAAAGCUCUAAAGGAAUGUCGUUUGAAGCAAAUAUCUCGAAAACAAACAAAACAAUGACCUACAGGUCUCAGUAUAUCCUGGACCCGAGGCAACAAUAUGACAGGCUUAAUUAUGACAAUAAUAACAACCACAUCUCUGUCUCUCUCUGUCUCUCUCUCUGUCUCUGUCUCUCUCUCUCUCUUUCUCUGUCUCUGUCUCUCUCUCUCUCUCUCUCUCUCUCUUUCUCUAUGUCUCUGACCCCUGUCACCGUGUUGCUACGCAAACAGAAACACUGAAGGUACAUUCAAGUAUUUAUGAUGAAAAGAUACAUAUUUAAGGUUUUACUCUCUGUAGGUUUCCCCUAUUAUCAGAGCUCUCUGAAGCAGGAACGAUAGACCUUCACACUGUCACAAUUUUUUAAAAGUGUGGGGGUAAAAAAAAAGAAAAGUUAUUUGAAAGAAAGUAAAAGUACAACAGGAACUACUGACAGGCAGGAUGCUGCUGAAGACAGCUGUGUUUGGAUAUACUAAUGUUUUAUUUUUAUUAAUAUAGAGUAUUUUAGCCAAUUAUACAUACUGUAGGCGAUGCUGUCCGUCCAUGCUGGUUGAAUGUGUAAGCUUCGAACAUGUCUGUUUUGGUACUUUUUUCUUUUUGUUGAUGUAGUUUUAUUUGUUUUUCUUGUUUUCAAUGAAGGUUUCUGAGUGCCGUGUUCAUUCGCUCACGAUUAGUCUGCUCGUUGUUUUUUUUUUGUGUGUCUCCUCUUUCACUUCAGGAAACAUGUUCUUGAUUUGUUUGAAGAAAACGUCGCCAGCUGAAGAAUAUUUUUGUGGCAGAUUCCUUCAGGGAACGAAUGCGGAAGAAAGAGAAAACUGGAAUGAUUUUGUCAAGAUGAUUUUAUCCAUUAGCCUGAUCGACAGCGCCGCCGUGUACGUUGAGAUGUUUCCCCAUCCCCAGAAACUGUGCUGACAGGGGACUGAACACUCUCAUUUACAUAUGUCUUUGUUAUCGUGUUGUUUUUUACUCUUGAAAAGUGAACAAACAAGGAAGGAAAGAAAGAACACUCUACCACUUAAAGCACUCCUGUAUUUGCCAAUGCCAACCCAAAACAAACUUAAGGCUCCAUACACUCCAGUCUCCUGAUACCAGAAAGAUUCUCUGUGCCUAAAUACGGUGCCUUACAUCUGCACACUGUACGUGCUACCUCGUGCUUUUCACUGUGCCUUUCAUAACGAUGUGAAGCCCACUGCGGUUGGCACAAAGAGAAACGUUUUCUCCUUUCCUGUUUCCAACGAUUUGUAGUAUUGCUGUGUUUUGGUGAGGUUUUUCAGUCUCUUCCCUGAGGUAGACUCCGUAUCUCUGGCAUCCCCUUCAUUACCUCCAAACUGUGCUUGACUGAGCAGCACUCAAACGUAUUUAUAAAACGCAAGAGAUUGUGUUCUACCAGAUGAAGAAAUGUUAAAUACCAAGCACAAAUUUGCGUAUAAACUGGGCCAGUUUGGUGUUUUCUCAAUUACUUAUGUGUGACAGAGGUUUUCCUCGCAGAUAAAAGCAUUAAAAAAACUAAAUAAACCCUCAUGGAUGAUUAGUAGGCACUAUUUAAAAUAUGCCGUGUGAUGUUGGACCGGAGCAAUACCUUGCGUUACGAGCAGCCUUGCAACUUUUUGCUAAAACCGACAAACGGAACAGAUGCGAGCAGCUGCCGAUCGUGAAGUCGCACUCCACAACAGCCAUCUUUAUAAAAGAGAAUGCAAAACAUUUGUGUACUAGAUUGUAUUUGUCGACCACUUUUUGGUAGUUUUUAUUGUGUUUAAAGGGGCGUAUUUUAUUUGCUCGCCUCCACAGAUUUUUGACUACUUUUUAAAAACACAAAACAACAUGAUGCGUCUGACUUUGAGAAUUUCCUGCAUCAUGACUAAGUUUUAUCUCCGAGUCGGUUCAUGAAAAAGCAAGCAAGAAAUAUUUGUCUCAUCUCACUCCGUUGUCUACUUGUUUAAAAAACUUUUUUCUCUCUCCUCUAAAACUGGAUUGUUAGAAAAACAAACUGCUGACAACUGCUUUUAUUAUUUUCUUGUAUGAUGACAAUAUGUCAGGAUAUAUUUAAUAUAUAUGCAUUACGUGUUUUGUCUAUGAAGUGAGAAGAAAAGGUAUAAUAUAUUCUAAAACAUAUUUCCUUUCUUUAUCUACACCUUGUUUCGGGAUUUAAAAGAAAAAGUCAGAGUAACAAAAGUAGAGAAACAAUAUUUUCUUUUUUUUUUUGCCAAAGUGUACAAUAGUUUUGAAACCUUUCAAGGUUAUUGUGUUUUUGUCAUUGUGUGUCAUAUUCUGUUUGCUAUUUUGUACUGCAUUUGGUGUUCUGAGUGGGAACACGGAGACCUUCUUGUUUAGCUACAUUUUUUUUUAUCAGUGUCAGCUAAAAACUAAAUCUGGUCCAUUGCGGUGUUGCAACCCGUUGGCACUUUAAGCCGUUGGUUGUUGCAGCUAAACCGGUAAAUGUCUGAUCGUGAUUUAGUUGCCAUCCAAACUUCAUGUGUCUGCCUCCCACUCAAAACGCCCGAUUUUCUUUCUAUUGCCUGCAUUUGACCCACAUGAUGGCCGCGGGAUGAACUCCUGCUCCUUGUGUCAGUGGGUGUUGUCACAUGCCUAGUUUAAUGUAGGUGUUGCCAUUUAAACUCUUCCUAGUGUGUGCCUUAUUGCCAAGAUGUGCCCUUUGCUAUUCCUUUGUAGACCUAUGCAGACUGUUUUCUAGCUGAAGGUUUGUUUAAAAAAGAAGAAAAAAAAGCUUGUUCUGUAUUAUUAUAUUUAUAGUGAUGAAGUAGAUAAAUAAAGCAUUUUCAAAAGGA